AUGACAGCAAGCUCUACCAGCGCCACCAGCUCUUCGAGCAUGGUUCUCUACGACGUCGCUUUCGCGCAGCCCUACGAGAAGAACACAUGUGCUCCGAACCCAUGGAAGGCUCGAUAUGCCCUCAACUUCAAGGGAGUUGCCUACUCAACGCAAUGGGUCCAAACACCCGAGAUCGAGAAAGUGCGCAGCGGCCUGGGUGUGCCGCCUUGUCGCAAAUUCGCAGACGGCUCGGACUUCUAUACCCUUCCUAUCUUGACGGACUCCAACACCAACUCAGCGAUCGGCGACUCAUUCGACAUCGCCAACUACCUGGAGAAAAACUUCCCCAACGCCGGGGCUGGAGACCUCUUCCCUUCGCUGCAGCUCGACUACGUGCCUCCCGGAGGUGAAUCCCUCGUGCCGCUGUCAGAGCGCAAUGACGACGUCCACGCCGAUUACGCCCGGUUCAACAACAAUGUCGACAUGGCAUUCUCCUUGCACGCCCAGUUGAUGGCACACGGGAUGAGCUGGGAUCCGGCGUGGGAAGACGCGAUCAAGGCGGAGUUCUUGCGGCGAGCUGGGCUGAAGUCCUGGGACGAUCUGGGACUCUACGGUGAGGCGCGCGAGAAGACGAAGGCCUCGCUUCGGGACGCUCUUCGCGACCUGGCUGCCAUGUUCCACCGAGAUACGGCGGGACCGUUUUUGCUAGGAAGCCAGCCUUCGUACGGGGACAUCAUUGUCGGUGGGUGGUUGCGCAUGCUGAGCAAGACGUUGCCGGAUAGCGAGUGGGAGGAGUUCCAGGCAUGGCAUGACGGGGCUUUUGGAAGACUGCAUGCCGCGUUGCAACAGCGCUUUGGUGAUGUGAAGUAG